AUGUGCACAAAGAUGGCCCAAGUCCAAGUCCAAGUCCUCUGGGGAUGUUUCAUCCUGUGGAAUCUCUACAUCUCAUCUGCCCAGGCCAUUUACCCUGGAAUCAAGGCGAGGGCUACUCAGCGGGCCCUGGACUACGCUGUUCAAGCUGGAAUGGAGAUGAUUGAACAAAUGGCCAAGGAAAGAAAGCUGCCAGAUUUAAAAGGUUCUGAAUCUCUUGAAUUUCUGAAAAUAGAUUAUGUGAACUACAAUUUUACCAACAUAAAAAUCAAUGCCUUUUCAUUUCCAAAUACUUCACUCGCCUUUGUUCCUGGUGUUGGAAUCAGGGCCCUGACCAACCAUGGAACUACCAACAUCAGCACAGACUGGGAAGUCAAGUCCCCACUUUUCCAAGACACAGGAGCAGCUGACCUGUUUCUCUCUGGGGUCUAUUUCACCGGUAUAGUUGUCCUGUCCCGAAAUGACUUUGGUCACCCGAUCCUGAAGCUCCAAGACUGCUAUGCUCAAGUGAGCCAUGCCGACGUCUCGUUUUCUGGAGAGCUCAGUGUCCUGUAUAACUCCUUUGCUGAGCCCAUGGAGAAACCCAUUUUAAAGAAAUUAAAUGAAAUGCUCUGUCCCAUCAUCACAGGUGAGGUGGAGGCACUGAAUGCAAAUCUCAGCAAGCUGGAGGUUUUAAGAAAGAUUGACAACUAUACUCUGCUGGAUUAUUCCCUAGUCAGUUCCCCAGAAAUUACUGAGAAUUACUUUGACCUGAAUUUGAAGGGCGUUUUCUACCCGUUGAGAAGUCUCCAAUACCCCCCCUUCCCAUCAGUUCCUUUUGUGCUCCCGGGACGCGGUGACUCUAUGCUCUACAUUGGAAUCUCCAAGUAUUUCUUUAAAUCUGCAUCCUAUGCUUAUUUCACAGCUGGGGCUUUCAGCUUCACUCUCACCACAAAAGAGAUUUCCAACCAUUUGCUUCACAACUCUCAAGCCCUUGGCAACAUGCUCUCCCGGAUUGCAGAACUCUACAUCUUGUCCCAGCCCUUCAUGGUACAGGUCAUGGCAACAGAGCCUCCUGUGAUCCGUUUACUUCCAGGUAACUUCACCCUGGACAUCCCCGCCUCCAUCAUGAUACUCACCCAGCCCAAGAACUCGACUGCAGAAACCAUCGUUUCCAUGGACUUUGUUGCUAGUACCAAUGUUGCCCUGGCUAUUUUGGGACAAAGACUGAUCUGCUCUUUAUCUCUGAACAGAUUCCGCCUUUCUUUGCCAGAGUCCAAUCGCAGCAAUAUUGAGGUCUUGAGGUUUGAGAAUAUUCUGUCCUCCAUUCUCCACUUUGGAGUCCUCCCACUAGCCAACGCAAAAUUGCAGCAAGGAUUUCCGCUACCAAACCCACACAAAAUCUCACUCGUCAAUUCAGACAUUGAAGUUCUUGAGGGUUUCCUUUUGAUCUCCACCGACCUGAAGUAUAAAACAUCAAAGCAGCGGCCAGGUUUCCAUGGUUGGGAAGGUCUGCACCUGAUAAGUGGGCAGUGGAGUGGGAAGCCAACCCCAUGA